UGCCCCUCAAAUGCAUAUAAGUUGGAGACCACUGAAAGGCAGAGGCACAGAGCAAGGCUAUGAAAUCCCAACGUUUCACUGCCUUGUACAUGAAGCCAACUUAAAAACGGGGUCUCUCCUGUUUGAGCUCCUUUCAGAGAAGACUUGCCUGAGUACUUGCAGGAUGAAGUUGGCUGUCUUCUGCUUGUGCCUUCUGCAUUUGGCUUGGGUUGGUUCUGGACUCUUCACCCGCAGCAGCCCUCCGGCCAGCAGUGGCAGAAAGCUGCUCAGCGGCGCCUCUCAGAGCAAAGGGUCCAUAAACUACAUCAGAGUGAGACCCCUGUUUGCCAGGAGGGGAGACUACGAACGACAGAGGGUUCGUGAGCCGAGGCCCAAAACGGUUCCUGGUCCUCUAAAGGACGUCCCUCGGGUCAAAACGGCGCCGAAACCCCCGAGGCCCAGAUGCUCCGCGCCCGGCCAGAGCUGCGUGAGCCAGUCCGGCUGCUGCGACCCGUGCUCCACCUGCCACUGCCGCUUCUUCAACGCCAUCUGCUUCUGUCGGAAAACCAAGCCCCCCUGCGAGAGGAAGCCUCAAAGCACCGGCCAGGCCAAGCAGAGCCCCAAACACGCUCUGAAAGUCCCCGCCGGCCGUUGAAUUGAACAAUCUAGCCACCAUACCAGUAAUUCUCAAACAUUCUCCAGAAAAUAUUUACUGUAUAUUGUUUGUAUUAUAACAUUUUAAUGUUGAUGCUUUUAUAUCUGAUUUUGCUUUGUUUUUACUCCAGUUUUCUCCACUGCCUGCCAUUUAUUUGGAUGUAUUUUGUAUUGCUGUCGCUCGUCUUAUUGGUAUUACACCGAUAACUGUAUUUCAUUUGAAGUGUUUCGGCUUUUCGAUGCUACUGGUCUAAGGACUUUGGGCUUGAAACAAUCUGUGACCACAAACAAACAGCCAUCAUCCCCUCUGUUUUUCCAGAGGAACUGAUAGGAGACCAAGAAAAACCAUCCCCACCGAUGGGGUAGCGGUUACCAAUUACAAUGUUUCCCCAACCUAAACAGUACCCUGGUGUGUUGUCUAUAUUUAUACCAGAUUUGUAUUCCUUGGGAAAAGAUUAUCAGCUGGCAACCAUGUGAGCAAACUUCCUUUCACUUUCAAACGGGCUUUUCAUAAAAUUUAAUGUUGAAUUUCGACUCGAUAGAAAGUGUGCAGUCAUCUGCAGGAUUCUGUCAUAUUGAAUGGGUGGGAAAUGAUUAAAUCGGAUUAAAAUAACAUAACUGAGAUCUUAUUUUGCUUGAAUUUGAUUUUCCCGAAGCUUCCAUGCUGUUACAUAUUUGCACUUGGUCCUUUUCCUGUUGAAAAUGUUCAUUUAUCCCUUAUCUAGAUCCCUCGGAGACAGCUUUUAGCACAGGUCAGAUCCACAUCGUUUCAUCUUUCUCCCUUCAUCUUGACUCUUUCCUGGAAAGCGUCACUGCACUAAUGUUGCCAUGGCCAUGCUUGACUCUAGGGAUCAUUUUUAAUGACGGAUCAAUUAAAUUAGCCUCCUCAUUUGGUUUCCUAGCUGGAAAAGGCUCCAGCCCCUGUCGCAACCCUACUUAAUUGGUGUAGACAACAAUUAGAUGGACGGAUGGACGUUUUGUUUCCUUUAUAUAUGCUACCAGCCUGAUAUUUCAACGAUUAAUCUUUGUUUCAUCGGAUCGAAGGAUUCAAAUGAUCCAGCUCAUCCAUCAUUAAGUAAUGAUUGACCUUUGUCUUACUCUAGCAUAAAAUAAAGCUUCAGUAAAGGGGAAAAAAAUGACAAUCUGCCUUGUUUCUGUACCCUUUACCGAAGAGCCA